AUGAUUAAAAGUAACAAGACAAUAACUAAAUUAUUUCAAUUAAGUAAUAUUAAAAAUGAAAUAAGAAAUUAUAUACAUAUUGAUGGAUGUUUUAAUAUUGAAAAGAUCAAUAAACAGAUGAAUAAUAGUUCCACUAUUACUAAUGGUAAUAUAUCGGUAAUAAAGAAUAGAAUUAAUGGACCCUUAUCAUUACAUGAUUUAGAACAUUUUAAUGACAAUGGAUAUAUUAUAAAAAAUGAUAUUGAUUUAUUUUCUGAACAAAAGCAACUAAAAUCAUUAAUAAAUGAUAAUAAUUAUAUCAUAAAUGAAUCUAUAAUUAAAACAAAUCAAAACUUUUUAAAUUCAUUUUCUCAAUUAUUUCAAAUUACCUAUUCAAAUUCUCAUAAAACCAAUAAUAACAAUAUAGAAUAUAGUGAAUGGCCUAAUAUAUAUAAUAAUUUCUCACCAACUGAUAUAAUAUUAAACACAAAUAAUAAUAAUAAUAAUAUUAAUGAUAAUAAUAGUAAUAUUAAUAAUAAAAGAGAAAAAGUAAUUAUUUUAGACUGUAAUCCAUUUAGUUUAUUUAAAAGUGAGAUAGUAAAUAAAGAUAAAAUCAUUGAAAGUAUACAAUUAAAAAAAUGGAGACCAAUCAAUUCAAUUUUAUUUAUUGGUGAUGAUUCAACAGCUUCAAUAAAUUUAAUACCUAAAUAUCAUAAAAAAUCAAUCCAAUAUAUUUGUGAAAAAUAUUCAAAAGAGAAAAUAAAUCUAUCAAAAAAUCAAUAUAGAUCAAUAAAUUCAACAAGUGAACUAUACAAAUAUGAUUCAAAUUUAAUUUCUCAACUCAAAGAAAUUACUUUAAAAAAGGGUGAUUUAAUUUAUUAUGAUUCAAGAUUACCUUAUUGUAUAAUUUCAAACAAUAAAAAUAAUAAUAAUAAUUUAUUUAUAAAAUUAAGUUAUUUACCAAAUAUUUCAAUAAAUAAAAAUAUUUAA